UGUAAAUAAACAUGGCUGCCUUCUUCGCGGAAUAUGGAUAACAGAGAAACUAUCCUGUUUGAAAUAAGAUUCUGCAAAUAUUUUGUUUUCGUUUAAGAAAAAAAAUAACUUCUAUUUAAAUGUUUCACAUAUGGGUAACCCUUGAAAGGAGUGCGCAGAGAAAAUGACCAUUAAAAGAAGAGAUUUUCAGAAGGCAGCAGCCUUCAUACACGAGUUUUUGUUGAAGCUGCAAGAGGACUCAGAAUGUGCAGAACUCAGGGAUUCCCUCAAUUUAGCAUUGCUGCACAUGCAGAAAUACUACAGAAUAUUACAGACUCGAAAUCAAGAGAAAAACUUAGCAAUGAACCUGUCCCUAACUGCAAGAGGGCUCAGUCCAAUGACGCCAUUUGUAGAUGCUCCAGACAAAUUUCAGUACAAAUGGAUAAAUUUAGAUAGUGCAAGGUUAAAAGCAUCAAUGACUGUAGAUGAAAGUAUGCAUAUCACAGUGCUCCCACCUAUUAUUCAGGCAGCUAAAGAAGGGAAUACAGAUUUAAUAAAUGAAUUAGUAGGAUCUGAUCCUACGUGUGCUGAUGACCAGGAUGGCCUUGGUCGGACAGCACUCACUUACGCAGUACACUUCCAGCAGAUGGUAGCUUUACAAACAUUACUGGAGGCAGAGGCCAACCCUAAUGUCACAGCACAUGAUGGCUCAACAGCUAUCCACCAAGCUUGUCAUGACUCAAAUAGCCAAUCGUUGAGUCUGUUGUUGCAAUAUGGGGGUGAUUUCACCAUCCCUGACACACAGGGCAGGGCCCCCAUACACUGGGCCUGCACUACUCCCUACACAGAAUGUCUUCAGUUAUUGAUACAUCACCAUGCAGAUGUGAAUAUUCGUGAUAAGGAUGGGUUAUCUCCCUGUAUGUGGGCGUGUCGCCUGGACCACAUUGAGCACUUUCAGCUGCUGUGUCAGGCCGAGACUUUCCAUGUUGAUGAUGCUGAUGGUAUCGAGCGAGACCUCAUUGGUCGAACGUGGAUGCACUGGGCUGUACGUCGUAUGGAGCCACUUGAGUGCUUACAGACGUUGUUGACAAGUGAUACCGCAGCCAUCAAGGAUGAUGAAGGCAGAACAGUGUUGUUGACUGCAGCUGAACUGGGUUCAUUGGCAGCGUGUAAGAUAAUCCUUGACAUCGGUGGCCGACAGUGUAUACAUGACAGAGAUGCCCAGGGUCGGAAUGCCCUCCACCUGGCCAGUAUAGGAGGGCAUGGGGACGUUGUAAACUACCUUCUUGACCAGUCAGCUGACCUGACAGUUGUGGACAAGUUCAAUGCCACACCAUGGGACUAUGCAAAAAACAGACAACUGCAUUACUGUCAGCUGAUCAUUAUGUCCCAUCAGCGACAGAGGCUCGUCAGCAACCCGAACAGUCCCCUACCUAACGGGCUUGGGCUUAUGAUGAAUGGUGGGCUGUCGGGAUACUUUACACGGGGAGAUUUUGAUAACAGCACCGACUUUGAUUUUGCUAGCACAAGAGGCAGUGUGGACAGUAUGCCGGUCACCCCACCCCACCCGCCAAAACGUCCCCGUACUUCUGGUAUGCCUGUCAGAAGGUCACGAAGUCUUGGCUCGAAGGACCGGGACCGACUUUCAGCCAUGUUUUCACAAAGGAGCACAAUUAGCAGGGAGUCGUCAAAUAUGACAAAUAUGACAUCUUCCACGAUUGGUGGUGACAGGAGAAUAGUGAACAGUGCUGCAGAGAACCAGAGACCAAAUGAAAGAAUUGAGGAGUCAGUUAACACACGACGAACGGCCUCACAAGAUGGUUACUUCAACCCUGCCCGUGGCAACCCUAGAGAAGAGGUUGCUAUGGCAACUGAUGACAACGUCUAUGAAGUACUAGAGGCACCAGAUGAGGAUGUAGAUGGUGUUAGUGUUGGCGGAAUGGAUGUAUCCGACAUAGAGGACGACGACCACGGCCCACCCCUAACAUCUCGGGGCCCGCCCACACGCCGAUCUGGCCAGGGACCACCCCAUCCUCGCCCAAGUGCACCACCCAUGAGCCAGCAGCCUUCCCACCAACCUGCCCCACCUAGAUUCGCUCCCAGGCCUCCUGGUGGUGGCCAACAGUCUUUUGCUCAACCAAGUUACAGAAAAAGUGGUGACUACCAUAACGAUGAAUUACCGGGUCCAACGGGAGACAUGCAGUCACGGCAACCCCCAAUACGGGCCUCCAACCCUCCUCCUGGGACCCAGAGACCGCAGACUAACUUCUUCAACAACAGAAACAGCCCCUCUCCUAACAUGCCCGACGCCUUUAACAACCCCUCCCAGUCUAACAGGCCCCGGCCUGCUCCUCGACCCCCUAGGAUGCAGCCCUCGCCUCCGAAACCUCAGCAACGCCUUACCCCAUCCCCACCUGCAAAUAGACCGGUCUCGGGCUCAAGAGAAAGUCUACUUAGUCCACCCUCAGGUGACCAGGUUCAUAGGCCUGAUUCUGCAGGAAAUAAACCACCAGGCAUGUUGGAAGGAAAGAAGAUUUUACCUCCCCCCAUGCUGAUGCCUCUAGAAAAUGCUCCACGUCCCAAUUUGAACAAGGACAACUCAAAGCCACCCAAGAAGAAAAAGAAGAAGAGGAGGGACAGGUUUUUAGCUGAGCAUGACAUUGAAAGGGAGCUUGAUGUUCGCUCCCCGCCUGAACUCCCAGAGAACCUGACCCCACCUCGGGGUUUCGCGGCUCCCUUGCAUCCCCCUCCCUCAGCUACCAGUCGGCCGCCCAGAGCUCAGUCUGGGAUACCUUCACCGAAAUACUCAAAGGGAGGCCCACAAAAACAUGAACCUCAGAGAUAUUUUGAAGAAAGUAUGGAUGAGGAAAAGGAGGAUCCCAUCAUUACUAGUGACAAAGUUCCCAUGGUAAACGGUCAGGCGGUCGCCCUGCGGGAGGGGCCUGCCCGAUCUGCCCGCCCAGGAAAACGGGUACAGCCUAUGGAUACGAGCGACGAGUAUGAGAUGAAUGGAGAUGUGGUGGGGAAUGGGGAUGGCAUGUUACAGGAAUCGGUGAUCAAUGAGGAGGAUGACAUUGCGCCACUUAUCCCUCCUCCCCAGGCAUUCAGAGGCCCCUCUGCAAGGCCUGCUCAAGGGAGGCCACUCUCACAAUCUGUUCCACAAGAUAAUCGAAAUAUCGUAGAACGAUCCAGUAGUGCUAAGCCUCCCCUUCCUCGUGGGCGACAAAGCGUAAACUCCGCCUCCAUGAGAUACAAACACCCGUCACCGCCGCGACGUCCCUCACGACGUCAGAACAGCAACAAUGAGACGUAGCCCUAGUGGGAAAAACUGUUAUUUUGAUUAUUUUGUUUUUUUUUAUUUAUAAGGGAAGUCUAAUAACUCUGUCUCUUAAUAUUUAUUGAGUUUUGGCCCCACAUGGAAAGAAUGAUCGUUAAAUGCUUUUCGAUUUUUAGCUCGUCUGUUUUUCAAGUUCCAUAACUGGCUGAAUAUUCAGUUUUGUAGAGUUAUGGCCCUUGAUUAUGAAAAUUGAACAAGCAUUGACAUCAUUUCAGCAUGUGUUGCUCUUGUUUUGUUUAGACUGACUCUAAUAGCCUUAAGAUGAAAAAGUAAAAUUGCCAAGUUCCAGGCCAAAAUAAAUGGUUUGUUUGGCUUUUUUCAACUGACUCAAAAUAGUAGCCAGAACCCAAUUAUUAUUAGCCUCUCCAGUGAAGAUAUUUUUUUUCAUUAUGGAAUUAAAAACAACAACAAGAAAAACCUACCUACCCACCCAAACAUAAAGAGGUGGGUAGAGAAACUCCAAAACAAACUAUUUAUUUAUUGCGGUCUCUUGAACAUUUGAUAUCAGCACCAUUAAAUAUGAUACUGUUCUAAAUCUCAGGUAUUGUAUACACUGAUAAAAGAAUUAAGAACAGAGCUGAUAACUCAGACUUUGUGAUAGUGUUUCAAGUUUGUAACUCCAGUAAAUAUUGUGUAAUUUAGUACUCAAGAAGCCUAUUUUGUAUCAGAAAACAUUCCCUGUUCAAGUGUUGAUAAUUUAAUGGUGAAGAUGAUAGUGUUUCAAAACAAAUGCAUUGUUAUUGUAAUAUUUGAUGGAGAAAUUUUUAUCUGUUCAGGUGUUUAUUUCACAUUCUUAGAAAUAAUAUCACUUUUUUCUCUUUUCAUUUUGAAAUCUUCUAGUUAGCUUAUAUAGAGAUUUUUAUACUGAAAUUUGAAGUAGAAAUAAGGAAAGGAGUAGAAAAUUAAUUUAAUUUCAUAUGCAGGUAAAUAUUUAGUGAUAGGUUAAAAUAGGCUUAAUGGACAAAUGACCUUAUUAACGUGGCUGUAGGUUUUAGUAACUGAAUCUAUAUGAGAUAAGUGGGAUUAGGACCACCCUCAAUGGUCAUCUAUAUUGUUUAAACGAAGAUUAUAAUUUAAAUCCAAUACCAUGUGCAUUUCCUUGUUGAGGGUUUUCACAUUACUUCAAGUAAAUUUCUCCAUUGGUUUAACAGUUCCGAAUAUUGACACCAGGGUGGCACUGCACCAUAUCAUUUGUGGGCUUUGCUGUAACUCUGUAUUUUCUCUUUUAAUAAGUGGAAAUUGUUACUCUAGUAUUACAAACAGCACUCAAAUGUUUGGAUGAAAAUCAUAUAUUUUAUUAGAACAUUAAGGUUAUAAGUAUGUAUUUACAAAUAACUGUUUAACCAGCUUAGUGUUUGAGAUUAAAAAAUUUCUACUGACUCAGCCUCUGUUUAAAUUUACCGAUUCACCUGAUAAAAUUUCAAAAUUAGCAGACUGUUGAUUUUUCAACGUGUAUGUAUGGCAGAUUUUACAAAAUAUAAUUUCAAACACUAAGAUCACCUAUUAAAUUAUCACAAGGUUUGUUAUGCAGUUAAAGUUAUAUAAUUUGUAUGCAUGUGUUCUUUUUCUACAAGUUAAUGUGCCCACCAUGACAUGUUUCCACAGAAUAACCCCCAUAAAGAGCAUAGUUGCCAAACAUUUAUGUGAUAUAUUGAGUGAGCUACAGGAUUUAGCCUUCUCAUUUGUGACACAACUGGAUAUCAGGACAGGUUAUAAAGAUUCCAUUGAAUAAUAUAAAGCCACAAGGCCAUGUGAAACAAUUCUAUGUUUAGCAUUUUUGAAUGAGUAUGAUUUAAAACUGAAAUUUGAGCAUAACUAAUCAGAUAUUUAGUGCUUGGCUGGUAUUCUUAAAACAUUUAAAGUUCAGUCAUUUCCUAGCUUAUGUCAAUUUUCUAAAGUUUCGAAGCCGAAUUAAAGUAAAGUAUAAAAGUGUUGUUAACAUAUAAGUGUUUUCGAUGAAUGCAAUGAAAGAGAUACGUCACUUGUAUCAAAAUGACGUAAAUGACUUAAGAUGAUUCAAGGAAAAUAGUGCUUACUGUGAAAAGUCUCCUCAGAUAUGAACCAAGAAAUUAUUAUGACUUGGGGCCGUAUUCAAUAAGCAGCUUAGUAAAUAUUUUCAACUUAGUGAGAUUUUUGUAAUUUUCGACAUCAAUUAUUUUUCUAAAUUAUUACUUUUCAUCAGAUUUAUUCAUGUGUAUACAUUGGUUAGACCAUGAUCUUGCUUAUUUUCAUAAUUUCGGUGUACAAACAUCGUUCAUUUUCUUAAAAUUCAAAUUAGAAAAAAGGCAAUUUUUCACUAAGUUGAAAAUUGUUACUAAGAUGCUUAUUGAAUACGGCCCCAGAUCAUUAGAUUUUCAUGGUAAUUUAGCGCUUGCUGUCUCAUAAACUCUAUGAUAUUUUAUUAACAUGUUGAUAUUAGUUAAUCAAAUUAUAACCAAACGCUAUACAUAGAAUUGAUUAAGUAUGACCUUACGUUUUUAUGUUUAAGGAAUUUUAUGCUAUGAAGGCACAUUGGGAUUUUUUUUAGCAAAAAAAAUUAAUGUAUUUCCAUACAUCUGAGAGAGUAGUAGAUUUUUGGUGUUAUGUUAUCAAUUUGGAAAAUUUGUUAAAUAUUUGUAAUAGUUGCCAUGGUAACUACAUGUAGCAAAGGUGUUGCUCAAGAGUCGGUGUUGAUGUUUUAUUUGUGUUAAUGGCCAUGUCUAUGUGUUAUUUAUUAUCUGUCUUUGUUAAGAUACGCCUUACCUGCUCUAUUAUAAUCUGCACUGUUAUGCUUAGCACUUCUGGUUUAUUUAUUUUACACUCCAUGAAACAACAGUGAGCUCUCAUUUUGAAAACUUCUUUGUAUUUUUGUUUCCAGCUUUUCAUGACCAAUUUAUUGCAUUCUGGUUUAAUUUGAUUUAAAGACAAUUUUUGAAUGUUUGGAUUCUAUGGAAAAUUUUAUUUAGGCCUAAAAAAAAAUACUUCUGGUUCAGGUUACUUGACCUUACAUACGAAAUAGCGGCUGAUCCUACCAGUUUUAUAGUCCUUUUGGUUAAAGAAACAUUUUUCAUAAAAAAAACAAGAUGUGUGGUUUAGUAUGUAGUUUAAAAAGGUUUAUACAGAAGAUUAAUUUUACACCAUUCCCAAAUGAUGACAGUAUCAUUCUAACAUCAAGCCUAUCUAUUUUUUUUAAUCCUACCUACUCUACCUGUUUUUGGACAAGAUGUAACCCUUACCAUACAAUUUCUUUUUUAUGGCCUUACUAGUAUUUAAUACUUACUGAAAUACGAGUGAAAUACUUAAAUUUAUUGAAAAUUAUUCUGUUCACCUUUUUUAGCCUCAUUAAUUUAAUUGAAAUCCAAAAUGCAUAAAAAAUCAAAUCUACAAGAUUUAAACCCAUGUGAUCAGCAUGUUUUUUCCUGGCAUUAUUUGGCCAUUUCUGACAGUUAUGUAUGAACAUAAAUAUUAGAUGAGCAUGCAGCACUCUUAGUCAUCCCACUUGUUAUUUCGGAUAGAUCCUGUCUUAAAAUGUUAUAGUUGAUCAGUCUGUAUUAGGGCAGUACACUAGUUGACUUUGUGAAUAUGAGCUUAUUACACAUGCAGCAUGGGAUUUUAAUAUCAGAUAAUUAUUGUAUGUUUUGUAGAUAUUAUAAUAACUGUGAUAUUUGAACAUAGUCUAGCUAUAAUAUGCCUGUGAUGUUGUAUUUUUUAAUAUAUACAUAUAUAUAUUUGUUUUGUUUGUUUUGCAACUCUGGUAAUAAUGAUUAACUUGUCUAUUUUUGGAAGAAACAAAUUGGGGUAUUGCGAUAGCCUUGGAGCUGUUGGCAUCGUGGUGCAAACAAACUUAAAGCUUAGCAAAUUACUCAAUAAAAGAUAAAUUUGGUGCACAUGUUGCAAGAGAAAUUGUGCGCACGUACAGCUUGGCCUAAAACCCUCGCUAAAAUAAUUGUCGAGUCAUGCCCUUGUCUGACUGCUUAAAACAAAAGAGCAUUGUGUUAGCUUCACAGCACUGUGGUAAGAUAUUAUAAACUUUUAAUGAUCACUUAGAAAGCAUCUUAAUGAAUUAAACAUACUUAUACAACUGCAGGCCCUUUAAAUGCUAUUUAAGCUGCAUUUUUUCAUUGGGCUGAGUUUCUAAACGAACACGAAAAAUUAGUAAAUGCUACAAUUUCAUCAUUUUAUAACUGAAAUAUAUAUCCAAAUUAACAUUAAUUUUUUAACAAAAUAGUUCCACACUGGCCAGUGAAUGUACGGUAUACUUUUUUAUGGAUAAAUGUUGCUGUAUCAUCCUGUUAUAUGUCCUUAAAUUAUUCUUAGUUUAUGAAUUCAUGUGCCUUAAUUUUACUUUAUAAUUGAUGUCCCUUUGUAGAAUAAUCAAUUUCUAGAAUGGUACUAAAUAGAGUUAUAUGGCAGUCAUUUAUAUCAUUUUUAUACAAAGUAAUUGUUAUUUCUUAAACCAUUAUUAAAUAUUAAAGCUAAUUAUUUGUUUGACACUCUUGAACAAAACUGACCUUAUUUAAGACCUGUUUUUAUCUUAAUGGGGACUAUUGAUGUGAAUUUAAUUCAAUAAAAUGUUCACUUAACAUAAAACCAAAAUGAAAUUACAACAUUAAGGUCAUUUUUAAUUAAUGCUUUAUUCAGCUUCAAUUUCUAACAAGGCCUUCAGUGUUUAUUGUUACAAAUCCCUAGUACAUGUUCACUUAAAUGAAUAUAUAAAGGUCAUAUUAAACCUUUAAAAUAGUUACAUGUAUAAUAGAUUAUUUCAUUUUUUCCCUUAUUUUUUAUAACUAUUAAUUAAGCUAUAGCUUUAUACUUUUAAUGAUAUAUAUUUGUAUUCCGUCCAAUAUGUGUUUUGACCUCAUGGUGUUAAAACAUUGACAUAUCUUAUUUAACAUAUUUUAUAUCAAUUACAUGGAAUCAAUGCUUUGAUACCUAAAAGUGUAUUUUGUUAUUAGAAAUGCCCUGUCUAUUUAUUCUAUAUUUUCAUGGUUGUAAAAAAAACUUUGUUUCUAGAGCAUUCCAUUUUGUAAUUCCAGUUAUGCAUACAAUAAAUCAUUGAGCUAUGA